AUUCUCAGAUAUGCAACCCGGGCACGAAGGAGUUUACAAAUAUUGUCAAAUUGAUUCUUGUACCGUCAUUGAGUCUGUCAUUCGCUGCUUGGCCACUGAAGCUUUUCGUUCUCUUGGAUGGUUGUUCGUUGGCGACAAUAUUGUUUUCCGCUCAAAUACGAGGAUUAACUUUGAAUCAUAAUUAAAUAUGGAAAAGAGUGAAACAAAUCGCCCCGCGUAUGGACUGAAUUAAGGUCAGAUAACCAACCAAUCAAAUUCUACAUAAUGACUAUUCAUGCCAACUUAGAAUAAUAUUAUUAAAAACGAAGGGAAAGCACUCUGGACGUCUUCAAGUGCAGUAUGUUGGGUCUCCUGUGAGAGAAAGAUUAUUUUUUAUGCGUCUACAAGUACAAAGCACUAGUAGAGACUGUAACCUUCAAGCGAAGGAGCGGCACAGAACACUUUUUUUCCAUUAGGACCUGGAUGUGUUUUUAGACUGUCUCAAGGCGGGGGAGAUAUGUCGAUGCUUCCAACUUUUGGGUUUACUCAAGAGCAAGUGGCGUGUGUGUGCGAAGUCCUCCAGCAAGGAGGUAACAUCGAGCGGCUCGGCCGCUUCCUGUGGUCACUACCUGCCUGUGAACAUCUGCAUAAAAACGAGAGCGUCCUCAAAGCCAAGGCCGUGGUAUCUUUCCACCGAGGCAACUUCCGCGAACUUUACAAGAUUCUGGAGAGCCACCAGUUCUCUCCGCACAACCACCCGAAGCUGCAGCAGUUGUGGCUAAAGGCUCACUACAUCGAAGCCGAAAAGCUGCGGGGGCGGCCGCUAGGGGCCGUGGGCAAGUACCGCGUCCGGCGCAAGUUCCCGCUGCCGCGCUCUAUUUGGGACGGCGAGGAAACCAGCUACUGCUUCAAGGAGAAGUCGCGCAGCGUCCUGCGGGAAUGGUAUGCUCACAACCCAUACCCUUCGCCCCGGGAGAAGAGGGAGUUGGCCGAAGCCACCGGCCUCACCACCACCCAGGUCAGCAACUGGUUCAAGAACAGGCGUCAGAGGGACCGAGCCGCCGAAGCCAAAGAAAGGUACGAAGAAAACAGCGAGAACUCGAAUUCCAACGUUACGGCCGGCGGCCACAACCCAAUGAAUCAUUCGAUGAAUGGGAACAAAAAUAUGUUAGCGAGCUCAGACGAGGAAAAGACUCCGUCUCAAACCCCCGAUCACACUUCGAGCAGCCCAGCGCUACUCUUAGGAUCCCUGGGCCAGAGCUCCAACACCAGCCUGCAGCCUCUACACACUCUGGCCGCGCCUCCGGGUCCUAGCGCCGUUGCGGUACCUAACUCAGAUGUUAUACACCAUCAUGCAUUACAGGACUCCAUGCUCAACCCCAUGUCAUCCAAUUUAGUUGACCUUGGCUCGUAAAAAAAGAACAAUUUCCUUUUACCUGCGAAUAAUUAAAGACACUCUCAAGAUUAUCCUUUAUAUAUUUUACUUGACAAUUAAGCGAUGUACAUAAAAAAAGCGUUAGUGGAUAUUUUGUCAACCAUGGGAAGGAAAGAAGGAUAUAGCUAUUCGAGUUAUAAGGUACUGUAUUAGAUCACAUAAGAGAUUGAUGUAGCAAAGUCUUAAGGUUUUAUAUAACGGAGGAUGUCUUUGUUUAGACAGAAAAGUUAAUAUUUUACUGGUCACAAAAUCACAAUCUCGACGUAUUGCUCUCAAUUAAAAUUACACUACAGCACAUACAGUCACAUGCACGCAAAUACAUAAAUAUAUACAGGUUACAAGAGUGAGUAGAUUUGUAAUUGCGUGCAUAAUGAGCAUUUUAAGUUUUGAUAAAAUAUGCUAAAAAAAUUAAAAACACGCUAUAGGAAGAUCAUUUACAUGUAGAUGAAAACUGUACAGAAAGCUGGCUUUCCUGUAGUAGAAUGCGUGGAACGUGUAAUCGCAGCUAUAUUGAACUGAAAACAAUCCGUAAACGUAUAAUGUCAUUUCAUCAAGCAUUAAAAAUUAUCUCCGUCUACAAGAAGGAAUGCUCUCACGCUGCAUAAAAAUUGUUUUAUUACUCUUUAUAUUACGUGACUACAAUCUUUGGAGGCGAAAUCCUGCUUAUUUUAUAAUAAAAUCAG